UUGUUGCAUGGUCGAUCCAUUGUAACUAUAACAAACCUUCAACACGUGACUUCCUUAUCACAUAAUUAUACCAAAUAGAAAAAAAGAUAAAACAUUUUAUUUGCAAACAGGGCGAACUGAACGGAUGACAUGAAAUUCGAAAGCGCUGUUUUACCAGUGGUGUUGAGCUUGCUGUUGAUGUUCAGAUUUGUUUGGGCAUCAACAACGUUGUCUACAACAGAUACGACUUCAACAACACCGAUUGUAACAACAACAGCAGCCACAAUGAGUACUUCAGAAGGAAUAUCAACCACCGUGGCAACAACGACCACCCAAACAACCACCAAAGCAUCAACAUCAGUAACAGAUACAUCACUAAAAACACCAGAAACAACAACAACGGCAUCGACAACGGUCGGAACGCAAGUUACAGCUACAAUGUCGACAAUAGUAUCUUCUAGUAAUGCUACUGCGGCUCUUACAACUGGUUCUGAUCUUGGAACGACUACUACAAUGAAGAUUUUUCAGCCGUACAAUUGCUACAAUGGCACCUGCAAUGGCAAUGUCACGUGCAUUAAUGGAACAAGUACCUGUACUAUAACAGAUUCGACAGGAGGAUGCUAUGUCACUCGAUUCAACGAUACGAACUUCGAGUUUGGAUGCCGCUCCUGCAAUAUUGCCAAUAAUACAGGAGCGGACUGGUGUUGCCUAGCAAACAAGGAUUGCGUCUUCGGUGACAUGCCUGUGGCCGGAACGACAGUCGCCCCGACAACUGUAGCGGGCAACAACAAUGGAGGCGUUGCUAUGUUUUCGACACGUGUAACAAAAAUUGCUACCGUGACGAUCAUUACCAUUUUGUUAAUUUAAUUUCAUGGUAUAGUAAGUACAUGUAUAUUGUAAAAUAUUUAAUCAGACAUUACUACAUUUAAUAAUUGCAAAACAUAAACAGUUUAUUACUUCUUUGACGAUCAUGCUAUGUAUGAGUGUUUAUGCCCGCAAACCAAUUUGGCCGUGCUCUGUGAAAAUGGUGUUUAAUGCAUGUGCGUUAAGUGUUGGCCCAGAUUGGCAUGUGCAGUCAGCACAGGCUAAUCAGGGACGACAGUUUCCGCCUAAACUAAAUUUUUGCUAAAAAGAGACUUUCUUAACACGAAAAAUAUCAUAAAUGCGGAAAGUGUCGUCCCUGAUUAGCCUGUGCGGACUGCACAGGCUAAUCUGGGACAACAUUAACGCACAUGCAUAAAACUCCCCUUUCAGAGAGCACGGCCCAAUUAAAAAAGCCCUUUAUGUCAUCAUACCUUACUUGUGCCUGCUGAAGGCAGUGCUAUGAAGUCCUAGUGACUGAACAAUAUGCCUCACAAUCGUGGGCUAUUAAUCUUUCAGACGAAUUGAUACUCCGUCCAAUGUUGUAUCGUUUGUUUUAAUAAAAAGCGAAAGACAAUUAAAAGUCA